AUGCCAUUGAAACGGCCUUUAUCUACAUCAUCACCAUUAUUAUCAACACAUCCGACAGAAUCAAGUCUCUGUCGUGUAUGUGAUGAUUCAGCUAGAAUCAUUAAUUAUGGUACACUCUCCUGUCAAUCUUGUAAAACAUUCUUUCGUCGUAAUGGUUUUCAUCCGAAAAAUAUUCGUUUAUGUUUAUUAAAUGGAUCAUGUGAAAUUGAUAUAAAUACACGACGAAAUUGUACUGCUUGUCGAUUUGCUAAAUGUUUACUAAUGGGUAUGAGCCCAGAUUUAAUUCGUAAAGAAGUGCAAGAAAGAAAAAAACAUUUACAGACAAGAGAUACUCAUACGAAUCAAGUCAUAGCUGUUCAACAACUAAAGCUUACAACACCAUUACCUACAUUAGAUUUAUUAUAUGAUGAUCGAUCACCACUUAAUAACUCCGAAUGGACAUUACUUUCAAAUGUUACUCAUGCUCAUGACACAUUCAGUGCUAUACCACAAAUACGUCAUGCUAUUUAUCAUUUGUCCGCAUCAUUAUCAUCAUCUCUAGAUACCUCUUAUAAUGUAACAGAUGUGUUUGAAACAAUCACUCUUAUGUAUACAUCGAUGCAAUCAUUCAUAAGUUCUUCAUCUGAUUUUAGAAUAUUAACUAUCAAUGAACAAUCAUCUCUUUAUCAACGUAAUUUACAUGGUAUAGUUGCACUUUGUUCAAUUCUUUUUCUUCAAGCUACUCAAAUUAUUGAUAAUCCUAUAUGUGUGAAAACAUUUUCGAUAAUUUAUGGAUCAGAAAUGAUGAUUCAAGCAAUACGUAUGUGUAAAAAAUUAGAUACUGAUGUAAUAAUUAUUAAACUAAUGUUACUAAUUCUUGCAUUUUCAUCAAAUUGUUUUAUUAUUAAUCAACAAGAAGACACUCAAAAUGAUAGUUUUCUAAAUGGUACAUAUCGUUUAUUAGGAAGUCAGAAUGUCUAUGUUCAACUGUUAUGGAAAUAUAUGACUUAUCGAUAUGGUUAUUAUCAUGCAGCACGACGUUUCUUUCGACUUAUUGAAAUUGUUCUUGAUUUAAUCAAAUAUUCAGGAGCAGUUUACACAUAUAACGAUACCCAUCAUGGUUUGGUGGACAAUAUUUUAGGACAAGCAAAACAAUCACUUAUAGUUGAUUAUGAUAAACAAAAACCAUUGUGGGGGAAACCAUGA